AUGCCUUUAGUCUUAUUACGGACAGCACUCAGCUCCGGUAACGCAAACGGCACAGCACCUAGCCCACUUCCUUCGCUUCUCCAAACACCAACGGGACUCGCCAUUGUCGAGAUUCAAGGGACAAUACGUGGCCCAUUUCAAUCUUCUGGAGACAACCCUCACCGGUCCCCUGAGCUCGCUUUAAUCGGCCGACUGGAUUUCCCCUUGUAUAGCCCUCGAGACCAAGAUGAAGGGAAGUGGAUGAAGAAGGUGUAUCUGUACGUCGGCAAGCAUCAACGAUUGACCGGUGAAAUCAAAAAGUUGGCCAAACCGCUAGCGGUCCUUCGGAAGGCAAAUGAGAAUGACUCGAAGCUUGACAAUCUAAAGCAAGGCGAAGACUUGGAAGUUGUGGACAUUGUGAAGUUCAAGCUACUCUUUAGCGGGAGACCUGAGCCUGUGGGCGAAUGA